ACCACAGCCAUAUGCAUAUGCCGUCAGAGAGAGAGAGGGGAACAGAUGGCAAAGUUGACGCAGUUCUUGUCCGACGAUGAGCUUGGCGAGCUUAUCUCCGCGUUCCCGGAGGCAGAGUUCGCCUUUGCGUACGGCUCUGGCGUGGUCAAGCAACAGGGUUAUGCGGAGAAUGUGUCCAACGCUUCAGAUCUGCCCAUGCUUGACCUCGUUCUGGCCGUCGAAGACUCGGAGGCUUGGCACAAGGCCAACCUCGAAAGGAACCGCGAUCACUACUCUGGACUCGCACGAUUGUUUGGGGCGGGUGGAGUCGCUUGGCUACAAGAGGGCUUCGGAGCAAAGCUGUACUACAAUGCCCUAGUGCCGUUAUCGACCACCUCGCACCGAGGUCGUUCGAUGAAGUACGGCGUCAUCAGCACGAAGCAUCUGGCCGAGGAUCUGACCGACUGGACCUGGCUUUACACCGCCGGCAGGCUGCAAAAGCCGGUGCGCAUCAUCCAAGGAAACGAUAAAGCUUCGGCGAUCAUUGAAGGCAACCUCUUGUCCGCGGCGAAGGCUUCGUUGCUUCUGCUUCCGGAGCGUUUCAGUGCUCAAGAGUUUUACACCACCGUGGCGGGACUUUCCUAUACGGGCGAUUUCCGCAUGUACUUCGGCGAGAACCCGGACAAGGUCAAGAACAUCGUCAGCGCCACCCUGGGAAGGUUCCAAGACCUGUAUGCGCCGGCCCUCAAGGGGAUUCCGGGGAUGACCGCAACGGGGCCUGACUGCUCCUCCUAUGACCAGGAUGUAUCGCCUACCACCCGACUAACUUUGGCGAGGUCUCUUCCUGGGGCCGUGCGAGGACUGCUUCCUUUGGGGCAAGGCGGAUCAGCUGGAAACAAGCUUGCUACCGGUGGAGCUCCGCUGACGGCGGAAGUUUCUCGCGCUCUGGCGACGGUGGUUUCAAGGUCUAGCCUGCGGCAAGGAGCAAAAGGUCUCCUGACGGCAGGGGUGCUCAAGUCGGCGUCGUACUCUCUAGCGAAAGUUACUCAGGCAAUCGCGGGGAGAAGGAAACGACAAGAAGAGUCGCCCUCCGGGCAGUAGCGCGGAACGGGUAGUGAACGGUUUGCGUUGUUCCGGCGUGACGCUUCGUUAGCCAUUUUAAGAUUUUUUGGCUAGGGUGAGAAAAGCAGUUUAACAUGUUUCACACAUUGAUGAAGGUUUUUGGUAAAAUGUACAUGCUCGGUGGUGCGUCUGCGGGGCGGCCUCUGGAGUGCACAGGCUAACUCUUGGGACCCUUGUCGAUUUUUAGGCUUGCUUCUAUCGGGGUCACGCAGCCGCAGUGUAGACUAGUCUAAAUUGUGUGGUUCCAUCAACGGGGAGUUUGAGGGUCGCCUUGGCUGUCGAUGAGGCUCUAGACUGCACUUUGGAGUGAAGACACAAAGGGUUUCACGGCUAGAGGCAUGGUGGGCCCACGUACCCCAUCCAGAGGGAGCCAGCGUUCCAAGAUCGACUUUGAGGGGACGGCGCAACGCCACCGGGGAGCCGGGUCUCGUGCACUGGAAGGACAGCAAAGCCUCUGUCCCCAGACGGUUCCGAACAUGCAGCGUGGGAAGCCAAGCAGUUUUUGCGACCGAAGCGCGGCUGCGGGCCGACCUGGAGAAAAAAUCGUCCGAAGAGAAGGCCGCGACAGACGAGGCACGCAUAGAGACGCGUUGGCGCCGGGCGCAGGUGUAUUGGGCCAACGUCGCGCGCGGGCGUUGUCGAGAAAAAUACAACGACUUAGGCGAGGUAUGCUUCAUGAGGAUUGCGACCAAGCUUCGACAAGCUUUCUUUACUCACAGUAGUAGCGUGCCCGCCACGAAAUACUGUUCUUUGUCGCAAACGAGGCAUACCUUCCGUGUCAUGUCCUGGGCGGUGAUGACCGAAUGGCGUCCGAGUUCGACGUCACCUGGACUGGGGCGAGUGAUGACAAAAAUUCAAGAAAAUGCCACCACUCGUGGUACGCGCUUGAACAUGAAAA